AUGGUGAGGCGCAACGAUCUAACCACGGGAGAGAGAAACUCCAUCAUCCAAUUUGUGCUUGAAGACAGCCACGGUGGGAAGCCAAAACGUGGCCGAAUGAAGGAGGCUGCUGUCAAGUUCGGCGUUUGUCGGCGGACGGUGACUCGCCUAUGGAACGCUGCCAAAAAACAGAAAAGCCAAGGUGAGCAUAUGCAUUCUUGCAGUGGGAAAAUCAACAAAACAAGGCGCAAAAGAGUUGAAAUAGACUUGGAAUUAAUUUCAAGCAUGGAGUUAAACAAAAGAGCAACUAUUAGAAGGCUAGCACGUGGAAUUAAUUGCAGCAAGAGCACAGUUGGGCGAUGGGUAAGCAAAGGUUUGAUCAGGGCUCAUACUAGUGCUAUUAAGCCCGAUUUAACAGCCCCUAAUAAGUUGUUACGUCUAAAGUUUUCUCUUGAAGCAAUCGAGUAUGAUAGAAUACUCAAGGUGCUUCAAUACAAGAGCAUGCACAACACGGUGCAUAUCGAUGAGAAAUGGUUUUACCUAACCAAAUCAAAUCAUCGAUACUAUCUCACACCAACAGAGGCUGAACCACAAAGGAGUUGCAAAAAUAAAAAGUUCAUCACUAAGGUCAUGUUUAUGUGCGCUGUAUGCAGACCGCUAAUUGCAGAGGAUGGAACAGUUCUUUUUGAUGGGAAAAUAGGGAUUUUCCCAUUUACAGAAUAUGUACCAGCCAAGAGGAAUAGCAAAAACAGGGAGGCUGGUACACUCGAGCAAAAGCCCAUUCAAUCAAUCACGAAGGAAGUAAUUAAGGACUGCAUUAUAAACAAGAUCAUUCCUGCAAUUAAGGCCAAGUGGCCACAGUUUGCUAGUAGGGUCAUCUUCAUUCAACAAGACAACGCAAAACCACACAUUAAAGACAGUGAUCCUGAUUUUAGACAGGCUGCCAGCUCGGAUGGCUUUGACAUAAAGAUUGUUCAUCAACCACCGAAUUCACCGGAUACCAACAUUAAUGAUCUAGGUUGGUUUAGGGCUAUUCAAAGCCUACAAACUGAAUCAGUUUGUACCAACAUAGAUACAUUAGUGGAGGCAGUCAAGAGUUCAUUUGAUGAACUAUCUCCCAUAACAUUAAACAAUGUUUUCUUGAGCCUUCAAGGCUGUUUGACUGAAAUUCUAAAGGUCAAAGGGCACAACACCUACAAAAUUCCUCACAUGAAGAAAGGAGCACUUAUUAGACAAGGAGAGUUACCACUCAACUUACAAGUUCCCCAUGAUUUAGUUAAGGAGGCAAUUAACUAUCUCAUGGAAAAUGGAAUAGUAAGUGGCAUGGAUCAUCUAAGGCAUUCACUUGGCAUAAGUUCAAUUUCUUUAGAUGAAAUUGAACUCCAAAUGAAUGGGUUAGGUAUUGAAGUAGCAUGA